AAGCUGAGGCACGCGCUCCACCUGCCUGCCCUCUUUCGCCGCGGCCGCGGGAAUGGAUACACCUGCCCACGUGCCGAAAGCCAGCUGGCCAUGACAACGACCACUACCACCAUAACCGCGGAACGCUCUGUCUCCUGCCCUGCUGACCCUCUGCGUCUGUCCUCUCACAACCAGCUCACAGGGAUGUCCACAACCAGUCAAGGGUCCUUUGACGCGUAUGAGGCAUUGGAUCUUACAGAAUUUGCCAAAAACCAGCCUUGGUGGCGAAAGCUUUUCGGGCAGGAGACGCGGCCUUCAGGCGAUAAGUACAGCGUGGCAACCCAGCUUCUGAUCGGCGGUGUCACCGGCUGGUGCACUGGCUUCAUAUUCCAGAAAGUUGGGAAGCUGGCUGCCACGGCGGUGGGAGGGGGCUUUUUUCUCCUUCAGCUCGCAAACCAUUCUGGCUACAUCAAAGUUGACUGGAAUCGAGUAGAGAAGGACAUGAAAAAGGCCAAGGAGCAACUGAAGAUUCGGAAGAGCGCCCAAAUACCAAACGAGGUCAAGAGCAAAGCUGAGGAGUUGGUGUCCUUUGUAAAGAAGAAUGUUUUAGUGACUGGAGGAUUUUUUGGAGGCUUUCUGCUCGGUAUGGCAUCCUAAGGGGUAUGGCUUCACUUCCGCUGCUCAGCAGCCUCUACACACCAGCGUACAAAAAUCCAGACUCUCUUCCUCCUCUUCACGCCUUCCUCCCUGUUUAAAUUUGAACCACUUCCAUGGGCAUCUGCCCAUGAAAGUUAACACAGGUCCUCCCAUGGGCUUGACAAGCCCUGGGGAAGCACACACUCCAUCCAGCCAACAAGAAUGGUCCUUUUCCCAUGUGUAAAAUCUGUCCCAAACCAUCUUUAAGUUCUGUCCCUAACAGUCGAGCUGGAAGAGCGGUGCACAAUUACCUUCCUAUGCGCUAUGUGGAAAGGAACUGAAGAUAUCUGACUUUGAGCAUGGGAAGAAAGAAAAUAAAGCGGGAACAGUUGUGGGAGUACCACACAUUAGUCAGCUACUUUAGGGGGACAGUCUCCUUACAGAAUUUACAACUAAAUCGAUGCUUUCUUUUCCUCUUGA